ACUCAUUUAAACGAGCGCAUUGGAUGAGUAUACGUAUAUUGUACCGAGUAGAACUUUCCUCGCACAGGAUAUAUUGUGUUUCUGUAUUUAUGUCUUUUUCACUCUUUGUGAGUACAGAAAGUGCAACAUAGACCGGUUAUUAAGAACAAUCUCCAACUCUAAGUACGUUUAUAAAUUGAAGGCUACACGAAAUACGUGAAAAGGCGUGUAAAUAAAUAUAGUAGCACAGUAUUUUUUUAUGUGAAAGUUAAUUUAACGUGUAAAUAUUUUCCGAUAAAUUAAACAUUUAGAAAUAUGUAUGAUCUGAAACAUUAGUGUGUAAUAGUGGUGAUACAGUUUUUCAUUCAACUUGAUAACCUCACACAUUGAUAGGUUAAUGAAUUCAACAUUUUGUUCGUCUGAUAAGUGUAUUCAUUUUUGUUUUUGAUUAAAAAAUGGACAAGUUAAGGAGAGCUUUGAACGGUAAUGAACGAUGCGAUGAAGAAAGUGGUAUAAUUACGCAGGUUGAUGCUGAUUUUAUGGUUAUAGAUCAAACAACGUUAAGUUGGUCCACCAGGAUAAAAGGUUUUGCAAUUUGUUUCAUCGUUGGCAUAUUAUGUUCAUUCCUUGGAUCCUUUGCAUUGUUUUUACAAAAAGGUCUUGCCGUAUUUGCUGUAUUUUAUACUUUGGGCAACAUUAUCUCUUUAGCCAGUACGUGUUUUUUGAUGGGUCCAUUUCAUCAAUUUAAGAAGAUGUUUGCAUCGACAAGACUAAUUGCAACUAUAUUAGUAUUUAUCUCGAUUGUUUUUACACUUUUUGCAGCUUUACAUUUACAUAAUCCUGGUCUAGCUCUUCUAUUUAUAAUCAUUCAGUCACUAGCUAUGACAUGGUAUUCUUUAUCAUACAUACCAUAUGCUCGUGAUGCUGUCAAAAAGACAGUGGAAGCCUGUAUUACAUGAAAAGAGUAAUUAUCUUUUUUUUUGUUGUAUCAAAAUUUGUUACAGGAACAUUAUUUCAUUUUUUCAAUUUUUUGAAGCUUUAGUCAUUUUGUAACACUGAACAUUGAUUAUAUUUCACAUUUACAAUAAGUAAAUAGAUUAAA